AGUGGAUGCAACCGGUCUUCUGUCGCGGUGAAACACGAGUUUCCCCGAUUAGUGAAAAGAAAAAAUCUUUCUUUCUUCAGGAUACAAAGAAAUCGGGCAGCAGAUAAGGCAGAAGAGAAGAUGCUAUUGAAGAAGGUAGUGAGUUACAGCAAUGGCAAUCACACGCAGCAGGAACGCUCCGAAAAAAGAGUCAGGAGAAGUGGCAGUUCCAUUUUCGCAGUUACACAAUGGAGGAGAAAUUGCUGCUUCCUCUAGCUACAAUUUGGACGUAGAUAAGACAGCAAGCAGCUUUGAUAAAGCGUUAAAGCCUAAAAAGGUCUUUAAACAUCCCAAGAAAGCAGAAAGAGGCAGUCGGCACUCCAAAUUCAAGUUAGGAGAUGAAGACUUGUCUAACGGAAGAAACAUAAAGACUGACAGCGAUAUUAUCAAAAGUGAAAUAUUCAGAUCUGCCAGUGUAGACACUAAAGGAAAGAAACUUCCAGCGUAUAAGGUCGAGCAGUUGCAACGGUUGCAAAAGCUAAUCAACAUGUCACUGGUGGCAAAGCCUCGAGGUCCUGUAACGUACAAUGACUACGUGAGCCAGAAGGACGAUCGCUCGGCCGAUAAUGCGCUGAGGAUUAGAAUAGACGGAACAAACAAAGCGAAGAUCAGUAACGUGACUCACUACAACCCAGUACGACAGCGUCUCCUGGAAGGAAAAUUAACAGAAUCAGAGAAAGCAGAGAUGGCCCAAACCUACGAGAAAAUACGCAAAUAUGGAAACAUAAGGGCCCCUAAACUUUCUGAUGAUAAGACGCUGAAAAAGGUUUUGGGCGAGAUUGUCGACAAGAACAAGGAGUUGAUGUUCUGGGACUAUUUCAAUGAACGAUUGCAAGCAGAGGGGUAUGGAAAUGCAGUACUCUUUGAGAAUGAAUGUAGAUUGCAAACACAUGAGAUAACAAGCACGCAAAGGGAUAAUUUGAACAAGCAGAAGUACCAGCAGAAAGAAAGUCAAGCGAUAGAGGUGAAAACAGAAAAAGACUCUGGGAGUGUCAAAGAUAUUUCAGGGAAGUAUACCAAAAUAAAUCUAAUGAAAGCAGCGGGUGAUACGGAGUUGCAAAAAAUGUUGGAGGAAGUAUCAAAUGGAGCUGAGAAAUAUUCAGCUGCUAACGAGGAGAAUGCAUUCAGCGGGCUAAAGCUGGUGGAUUUUACGACAAUCAGGAAUUUCAACCAUGAAAAAGCCUGAAAAUCUCUGAUGCAAUGAGAGGGGGAAGCCUAUUCCAAUGGCAUUAGCUAUUCAUAAAAG